CUUGAUGAGAAGUAAACUUGCACCGUCAUCGUACUUGGGAUUGGUUCUUAGCUGACCUUUAUUUUCUUUUUUAUAAUGUAGGUUCCCCAAUCGACCGCAUAAUCACUCGUCAACGUUACGAUUUCACGAGUUAUUUAUGAACCUCUUCAAUCCAUUGAGCGAGAUUAAAAGGAAGCCGGCCGGACACGCCACAGCGGCGCGGAGGAAGCUUGGAUCGGGGCAGACGAAUGCGAACCUCAACCCGUUCGAACGACGACGGGACGUUAUCGAGCGGUUUAUCUCGCGAUGGAGAAAGGAAGUUGGCGAUGAUAUCUAUCCUGCUUUCCGGCUGAUUCUUCCUGACAAAGAUCGAGACCGUGCUAUGUAUGGUAUUAAAGAGAAGGUGAUUGGGAAGAUGCUUGUCAAGAUUAUGAAGAUCGACAAGAACUCUGAAGAUGGGUUUAAUCUGCUUAAUUGGAAAUUACCCGGACAAGCGGCCGCGACGAGGAUGGCCGGUGAUUUUGCGGGUCGAUGUUACGAUGUUCUCUCCAAAAGACCUAUGCGGACAGAAGUAGGGGACAUGACGAUUGAGGAAGUCAAUGAGAAGCUGGAUAGGCUUUCUGCAGCGUCCAAGGAGGAGCACCAAGUACCUAUUCUUGCAGAGUUCUAUCGACGCAUGAAUCCGGAGGAGCUCAUGUGGCUGAUCCGGAUUAUCCUGCGGCAGAUGAAGGUUGGAGCUACGGAGCGGACGUUCUUUGAUGUCUGGCAUCCCGAUGCGGAGAAUCUAUACAGCAUCUCCAGUAGUCUCCGCCGCGUCUGCUGGGAGCUGCAUGACCCGAAUAUUCGGCUCGAGGCAGAAGACAGAGGCAUCACAUUGAUGCAGUGCUUUCAGCCCCAGCUGGCUCAAUUCCAGAUGCACUCGCUGGAACGGAUGAUUGAUCGGAUGAGGCCAACAGAGGAAGACCCAGUUUUCUGGAUUGAGGAGAAACUUGAUGGUGAGCGUAUGCAGCUCCACAUGGAGUGUGAUGAUUCAGUACCUGGUGGGAUGAGGUUUGGCUUUUGGUCGAGGAAAGCCAAGGACUAUACUUAUCUCUACGGGAAUGGAAUACAAGAUGAGAAUGGCGCUUUGACGAGACAUCUCAAAGAUGCUUUCGCGGAUGGUGUACAGAGCUUGAUCUUGGAUGGUGAGAUGAUCACUUGGGACCCCGAACAGGAUGCUCUUGUCCCUUUUGGCACACUCAAAACGGCAGCUCUAGCUGAACAACGGAACCCCUUCUCAAAUGGUCCUCGGCCUUUGUUUCGUGUUUUCGAUCUUUUAUACCUCAACGGGCGAGACCUGACCAGGUAUACACUUCGUGAUCGUCGAAAUGCAUUGCAAAAGGCUGUCGAGCCCGUGCACCGCAGAUUCGAGAUCCACCCGUUCGAAGAGGCAACCGGUACAACAGAGAUUGAAGCUUCUUUACGGAGAGUCGUUGCAGAGGCUUCCGAGGGGUUGGUUCUCAAGAACCCUAGGUCACCGUAUCGUUUGAAUGAGAGGCACGAUGAUUGGAUGAAAGUGAAGCCUGAGUACAUGACCGAGUUUGGAGAGUCUCUCGAUGUCAUCAUUAUUGGCGGAUACUACGGCUCUGGUCGUCGGGGUGGUGGGCUUUCCAGCUUCCUCUGCGGACUAAGGGUCGAUGAUGCCCAUUCGCCACAGGGAGCAAACGCAACAAAAUGCUAUUCAUUUUGCAAAGUAGGCGGCGGUUUUAAUGCCGCCGAUUAUGCAAACAUUCGGCAUCAUACGGAUGGUAAAUGGGUUGACUGGGACCCUAAGAAACUCCCCACUACAUAUAUUGAGCUGGCAGGCGGAGAUUCUCAGUUUGAACGCCCAGAUGCGUGGAUCAAGCCGGAAGAUUCGGUUGUCAUUUGCGUCAAGGCAGCAUCGGUGUCCGUCAGUGAUCAGUUUCGAAUCGGGUUGACGUUGCGUUUCCCGCGAUUCAAAAGACUACGGAUGGACAAGGAUUGGAAGAGUGCUCUUUCGGUGCAGGAGUUUCUGGAUCUCAAGUCCAAUGUGGAACAGGAACAGAGAGAUAAGGAAUUCAAUGUCGAUAACUCUCGAAAGAAGCGAGUGAAGAGGGCUACCAAGAAGCCUCUUGGUAUCGCAGGGUACGAUGAUGAUAAAGAAGUCAGCUAUAUUGGACCAUCGGGACAUAUUUUCGAUGGGAUGAAUUUCUUUAUCAUGACUGAUGCUGGUGCACCGGACAAGAGAUCCAAGUCGGAGCUGGAACAGUUGGUAAAGGCCAACGGAGGAAAGUUCUAUCAAACUCACAACGCAGCUCCACAUACUGUUUGUAUUGCAGAUAGAAGAACAGUAAAGGCUGCUUCGUUGCAGAAAGGCGGUGAUGUGAACAUCAUCCGGCCUUCGUGGCUUCUUGAUUGCGUUAAGCAGAAUGAAGUCGAUGCAGGGCUUCCUGAUUUGCUCCUACCUUUGGAGCCAAAGCAUAUGUUCUUUACUAUGCCCGACAAACAUGAAGAGAUUGCGUCCAACACGGACCAAUUCAACGAUAGCUAUGCCCGCGACACCACAGUGGACGAACUUAGUGAAAUUCUGAAACAAAUGAGCAAGAAACACAAGUUUGAAACCUCUCAGUGCCCCGAAGCCGUUAGAAAGCUCGAAGAACGUAUUCAAGAAAGAGCAAAUUCCGGAUACGAGAUUCCCAUAGGCUGGCUUUUCAAGGGAUUAACCGUAUUCUUCCACGAAAAGGCACUGGAUUCCUCGGAGCCAGAUGCGAUAGAGAUGGGUCAACAAUAUCGCCUUCGCUCAGCGCGCAACACGGCCAGAUUUGCAGGCGCUGCUGUGGUGGAUUCCUUGAAGAACUCGGCUAUUACGCACAUUGUAGUGGACCAGAAUAGCUCGUCUGCAGACAUUUCCUCGCUGCGCGGAUCGCUGGCCACGAAAUCUGGAGCGAAACUCCCGCAUCUCGUUACAGUCGAGUGGAUAGAGACGUGUUGGAAGGAGCGCACAUUGAUGGACGAAGAGCGAUUUCAACCGUCUCGGUGAUCUACAUUAUGUGACAGAUAACUUGGGCUUCUUUGCAGCGUCACUUUCACGUACCCAACUACUAACGAACGACGCUAAAACUAAACUCUUGGCUGUUACUAGGUGUGUAUGAUUAUAAUGCAACAUCAAGCAAAAUAAUGCACUAGUUCCUAUCCCUAACUAUGCCCUGUCUUACAAGUUUACAAUUCCAACCCCUUUGGGAAUUCAUCUAGAAGCGCUGUGAGUCAUACAAUCGAAUAUGCACGCAGCAAGGAUAAAAGAAUACUCUCGAUAAUACGUACAUUCCUUUCCUGCACUCCAUAGGCCGAGACCCCUCCGACUACU